UCGUCUGUGCGUGCGCGCCCCCGUGUGUCACCUUGCUCCAUCGCUAGAGGUAAAGCACCGACCAGAAUCAGGGCCUUUAACGAGGGACUGUCGUCCGGUUUGAAAAGAGCCAAAGAGAAAAUGGCGGAAGCUUCCAAACCGAAGACCUCUCCCAAGGCCAUUAAGUUCCUCUUUGGGGGACUGGCAGGGAUGGGAGCGACAGUGUUCGUCCAGCCUCUAGAUCUAGUGAAGAACAGGAUGCAGCUGAGUGGUCAGGGAGGAAAGGCCCGGGAAUACAAGACCAGCUUCCAUGCUCUGGCAUCUAUACUGAAGAAUGAAGGACUAGGAGGCAUCUACACUGGUCUGUCAGCAGGUCUACUCCGCCAGGCUACCUACACCACAACGAGGUUAGGUAUCUACACGGUGUUGUUUGAGAAGAUGACGGGACAGGACGGGACCCCGCCCAACUUCCUCAUGAAGGCUCUGAUUGGUAUGACGGCUGGAGCAACCGGAGCCUUCGUAGGAACACCUGCUGAAGUCGCCUUGAUCAGGAUGACCGCUGACGGACGUCUCCCUGCAGACCAGAAGAGAGGGUAUUCUAAUGUGUUCAAUGCUCUGGCCAGAAUCACUAAAGAAGAGGGGGUCACCACACUAUGGAGGGGCUGUAUUCCCACCAUGGCCCGUGCUGUAGUGGUCAACGCUGCCCAGCUGGCCUCCUACUCUCAGAGCAAACAGGCUCUUAUAGAGACAGGGUAUUUUGUGGACGGUAUCUUCCUCCAUUUCUGUGCCAGUAUGAUCAGCGGUCUGGUAACCACGGCAGCGUCCAUGCCCGUCGACAUCGUCAAGACCAGGAUUCAGAACAUGAGAAUGAUAGAUGGAAAACCAGAGUUUAAGAAUGGCCUGGACGUGUUGGCGAGGGUGAUCCGUAAUGAAGGGUUCUUCUCUCUGUGGAAGGGUUUCACUCCAUACUACGCCAGACUGGGACCUCACACCGUCCUCACAUUCAUCUUCCUGGAACAGAUGAACAAGGCUUAUAAAGUCUACUUCCUGGAUUAGAGACAGGAGAUGUAAGGAUUGGGAGGAAGGGAAGCUGAUCCUAGUUCUGCACCUACGGGAAACUUCACCCCGGAGCAACACACACACACACUCACACACUCUCACACACUCACACACUCUCACACACUCACACACUCUCACACACACACACACACACACACACACACACACACACACACAGACUGAAGCAGGUGCACACUACACACACGGACAGACACUCCCUCAUGUGUCAUGUGAGUGACCUUUAACCUCUGUCAUGUGACCUGACCCCAUUGUGUAUGUUCUGUUAUUUUUACUGAAGGACUCAGAACCUCAGAAUGUACCAUCUCAGCCCCCUGCACAGGGCAUAUUGACACUUGGUACAGUCGUCCCCUCCCCCCACUAUGGAACAGAUGGCUGGCUGGAAAACCUUGAUGAUGACAAACAGAUUAAAAAUGGAUUUAUUUCUGAAAAACAA